UUCGGCACAGUUUAUCUGCUCAACCCAGCAAAGGGUUGUAAGGUUUCAAGCUAGAUGAAACUCCUUUUCCUUUGAUAUGUGAUUUGAUACAACAUCGCUUCCUCUGCCCUGUCCUCCAAUGGCUACCAUAGGAGCAUAUGUUCUCUUUAUUUACUGUUUCACAAGGUUCACGGAGCCUGCCUAUUCCGAAAGUAAUACAUUACUACUUGGCCAACAGCUCAAAGAUGGUCAGUAUUUGGCUUCUGCUUCAGGGAACUACCAGUUAGGAUUUUUUAGUGGCAGUGGAAGAAAACGUUAUGUAGGAAUAUGGCAUAAACAAGCGGAUGCUAAUGUGAGAACAGAUAAGAAGCCACAACCAGUGUGGAUCGCAAAUCGAAACUCCCCAAUCUUUGACAACUCUGGAAUUCUUACAUUCAGUAAUGAUGGCCACUUGAAAAUCUCACACAAUGGUGGAGUGGACAUUGUACUCUUUUCGGUUCCAUUAGUGAACAACACAAGUGCUACUCUGCUAGAUACGGGCAAUUUUGGCAUACAUGAGCUGAAUUCAGAUGGAUCUAUAAAGCAGGUUUUGUGGCAAAGCUUUGACCAUCCAACCGAUACACUUCUGCCAGGGAUGAAACUUGGAAUUAAUACAAAAACUGGGCAUAAAUGGUCACUAACAUCAUGGUCAAGUGACGAAGAUCCUGCGUCAGGCCCUUUAACACUUGGGAUGGACCCCAAUAACACAAACCAGUUGAUCAUCUGGGUGUUUGGUAAAAUCUACUGGGUUAGUGGCCUUUGGCAAAAUUCUAAUUUUAAUUUGCCACACGCAUUAUCAAAUGAUGUAGACUACCAUUUUAGCUACCAUUCAGAAGAGGAAGAAAAGUACUUCAUGUAUUUUGUGUACGAAGAUGUCAUCUCAUUCCAAAGGUUGACAUUAAAGGCAUCGGGCGCUCUUUCUGGUAUGGCCAUGAACACAGAAAAAGAAAUCCUUUCUUGUUGGGAACCAUCCCUACGUAAUGGAUGUUUUGGGGUAACAUCUAGCAGGUGUAUUCCGGGGGAUGGGUUCACGGCUGGAAAGGCCAUCAUGCCUCAGAAUGGAUUCAAAUUCGGCGAAAGGGGUAAACUUACCUUAAAUGACUGUGAGGCCAUAUGCAAGAGCUAUUGUUUUUGUGUUGCCUAUGCUUCCACAAGUGAUGAUGAGAUUGGCUGCGAGAUUUGGGACAAGAGAGAUGGAAUUUUCAUGGAGAAUGAUUCAAAUGCUUCUCGAUAUAUAUACCUCCGCAAUUCACCUUUUGAUUUUGGAUCCAAAGUUGUUUAUGCAGAAAAAUCGCGAGUUUCAUUCCUAUUUAUAAGCAUCAUCAUUGCAACAAUAGGAGGACUAUGUAUGCUGGCAUUAUUAUACUGUUUCGUAUGGAGAAAACAUCGAGCAAAAGCUAAACCACUGAUACGGAUCGUCAUCACAAAAAUAGGAGGUCUCAGUGUACUCAUAUUCAGGUCCAUUCGCUAUAUCAUACAAGAAAAUCUUAGAUAUUGCGCAGGGAAGAGAAAUAGAGAGAAAGAUAUAUUAUUACGUGAGCUAGAAAGAAGAGAUGGUAGGAAGAGCCAUGAACUGCAAUUUUUCAGCUUUGAAAUCGUAGCAUCAGCCACAAACAAUUUUACAACUACAAGCAAGCUUGGAGAAGGUGGGUUCGGAUCUGUUUACAAGGGACAACUACCUGAUGGGCAAGAAGUUGCAAUAAAAAGGCUCUCAAGGAAUUCCGGACAAGGAUUUUUAGAGUUCAAGAAUGAAGCAAUACUAAUUGCCAAACUGCAGCACACUAAUCUUGUUAGGCUGGUUGGAUGUUGCAUUCAUAAAGAAGAGAGGAUGCUCAUCUAUGAAUACAUGCCUAAUAAAAGCCUUGACUUUUUUCUCUUCGAUCCUGCAAAGAAGAAUAUUCUAGAUUGGAAGAAACGUUUCAACAUCAUUCAAGGGAUCCUUCAAGGGCUUCUAUACCUUCAUAACUACUCAAGAUUAAGAAUAAUUCAUAGAGAUCUGAAGGCCAGUAACAUUUUACUUGAUGAUGAGAUGAAUCCAAAGAUUUCGGAUUUUGGUAUGGCUAGAAUAUUUGGAUCAAAUGAUUCUGAAGUAAACACAAACAGAGUUGUUGGGACAUAUGGUUAUAUGCCUCCGGAGUAUGUGAUGGAAGGAGUUUUCUCAACAAAAUCAGAUGUUUUUAGCUUUGGAGUCUUAUUGUUGGAGAUUAUUAGCGGUCAAAAGAAUUAUAGUAGUUACCAUUCUGAACGGCCUCUCAAUUUUAUUGGAUAUGCAUGGGAGUUGUGGGGAGAAGGUAGAGGCUUGGAGUUAAUUGAUACAGCUUUAGGUGAUUUAGAUCACACUGAUCAAGUGUUGAGGUGCAUUAAUGUGGGUCUCCUGUGCGUCCAAGAAAGCUCAGUUGAUAGACCUGCCAUGUUAGAUGUGAUAUUUAUGAUAUAUAAUGAGGCUAAUAAGCUACCUGCACCAAAGCAACCGGCAUUUUUCCUCAGAAGGAAUAUGCCAGAGGCAGGAAUUGUAGAAUGCAGACCAGAAAAUUGUUCAUCAAAUGAUAUAUCAAUUUCAGAGAUGGUACCAAGGUGAAGGGACCUGAGUCUUUCAACCUAUAUCGCCGUAAAGCAAAUUUUACCAUAGAAAGCAACAGUAAUAUCCCAUGUUAACAUGGUGGUUGUGUGCGUCACAUUUUCAUUCUGGGAGAAUUACAGGAUAUAUAUGUCUAUGUAUAUGGCUCUAUGCGCACUGUAGUUUAAAAUUUAUUUGAUUAUCUUCUUGCGAAUGUUAUUAAUUUACACAUGUCAGCAUAUGCUCUACAAAA